GAAUGACGUCACUUCACAGCAGCGAGCCGCUGAGUCUGAGCUGAGUUUUGGGCGUGUUUGUAUUCGAGCUGCAGCAGCAAUAAUGUUCAACUCUGUUUGUCGUUUUCCCUCCAAUGAUGCGAACGAGGAAGAAACGUCGGUCGGAGAAAAAAAAACAAUGGCCGCCUCCAUUCCUCUCUCCGAGCCCAACCCCACCUUCUCUCUGGCUCUGCUCAGAAAGCUGAGUGAGGACAAGAAGACUGCAAACAUCUUCUUCUCUCCUUUCAGCAUCUCUUCAGCUCUGGCUAUGGUGAUGCUGGGAGCCAGAGGAGACACAGCCACUCAGAUAUCAGAGUGCUUGAAAAUCCAGGAUUGUCAGGAUGAUGUCCACACUCUGUUUGCCAAACUGCUGAGUGAGAUCAACAAACCAGCAUCUCAAUUUGCUCUCAGUGUUGCCAACAGACUGUAUGGAGAGAAAUCCUACAACUUUCUGCAGGAGUUUUUAACCCAAACAAAAACUCACUACGACUCAGAGUUGGAGGCUGUGGACUUCAGAACCAGCAGUGAGGAAGCCAGGGUCCAGAUCAACAACUGGGUGGAGGAACAGACACAAGGUAAAAUCAAGGAUAUUGUGGCUGAGGACGGAGUGGACGACAUGACCAGGCUGGUUCUGGUCAAUGCCAUCUACUUUAAAGCUGCCUGGGAUGAACAAUUCUUUAAAUUUGAUACUGCAGAUGAUCAGUUUAGACUCAACAAGAACACAACAAAACCAGUAAAGAUGAUGUUUCAGGAAGAAGAUUUCCCCUUCACCGUCAUUGAUGAAGUCAACUGUCAGAUCCUGGAGAUGCCUUACAAAGGGAAGGAACUGAGCAUGCUCAUCAUUUUACCGAAAGACAUAGAGGACGAUACAACAGGUCUGGAGAAGCUUGAGAAACUUCUGACCUAUGAGAAAUUCAUGGAGUGGACUCAUCCAGACAAGAUGGAAUGCUGUAAGGUCCAGGUGAAGCUUCCUCGAUUCAAGCUGGAGGAGACGUAUGACCUGAUUGAAGUCCUGAGCAGCAUGGGCAUGGUGGACGCUUUUGACCAGACAAAGUGUGACUUCUCUGGUAUGUCUGGCAAUAAGGAGCUCGUUCUGUCCAAAGUCUCCCACAAAGCUUUUGUGGACGUGAACGAGGAGGGAACUGAAGCUGCUGCUGCUACUUUUGGAAAAUUAGUAGAAUGUUGUUAUAUAAAACCAUCAAUCUUCACUGCAGAUCACCCCUUCCUCUUCUUCAUCCGCCAUAACCCCACCCUGACCGUUCUCUUUGCUGGACGUUUCUGUUGCCCCGAGUGAAAUUUGUGUCUGCAAGAUGAAAGGUUGGAUGCAACGCAGCAGAUCUUUAUUAACAAAUCAUACAGAGGGCAGUAAAGGUCAAUCUAGUUGAUCAAAUAUUAUUAUCAUGCAGAUACGUAGUUAAGACAUGGCAUACAUACAUACAUGUGUCACAUUUCUACAAACUAAUGUUAAAAAAAAUUGCAGUCAAUUUGAAGGGAAAAUAUUGUUUUAGACUGAAGACAAAACAAAAAGCUGUAAUGAUCUCAUUGCACAUCAUAAACUUACACGUUUAAAUCUAAAACCUUUCAAGUCAGUUUUAGCGAUCAGUUUUCUGGAGUUCAAAUACCAUCAACUGCAGUGAGUCUGAUCAACCUGAAAUGAAGUUCAGCUUUUCUUCUGGGAUCUUCUUGACAUUUUCCUCAUGUCGUGUAUCUGCACUUCACUGAAACAACACUGUAGCCUUAAUAAAAGAUGGUGGUGGCAGUAUCA